UUUGCAGCGAACAGGGAAGGAAGCUCUUCAGAUUUCAUUCCAUCGAACAACGCGGAAGCCAUGUUGACCACAUUUUGCCCACAAGGCGCGCGUCAAACGUUUCACUUGACCACCUUGACGUAGGAGACUUUUGGUUUGGCGCUGAUUGACAGGUGCCGCCUCGGUCAUGGCGGAGGCGGGCGCUCAUCUCACCUCCGGCGCCGUGCGGGAGCAGCCGUCCAUCUUUGAGCUUCUGGCUCAGGAGUCUCUGAUGGAGGCGGUGAAGCCGGCGCUCAGGCACGCCGUCAAGGUUCUCGCGGAGUCGAACCCGCGGCGCUUCGGUUUCCUGUGGCGAGGCUUUGACGAGUUCCACCUCCUGCUGGACGUCCUGCUGCAGCGCCACUUCCUAUCCCGCUGGAGCGCCUCCUUCUCCGAGAACUUCUACGGUCUGAAAAGGGUUUCGGCGGGGCGGGGCCUUCCCGUCGGCCCCCGGGCCCGUUGGCGCUCGCUCCUUCUCCUGUGCCUGGCGCCGUACUUGCGGGCCAAGCUGGAGGCCGUGUUUGCGAGGCAGAGGGAGGAGGAGGACUUCUCCAUACGGCUGGCGCAGAGCAGGACCCGGAGGCUGUGCCGGGCCGCCGUGGCGGCCUACCCGUACGUCAACGCCGCCUGGCGGGCCUGGAUCUUUUGCCAGCGGCUGCUUUUCGUCUUCGGGGCGGUGCGCGCCCACCAUCCUUCGCUGUGGCUGGCGAGGGUCCGUCUGGCCCGACUCGACCGGCGAGAUAUCCGAGAGAUGGAGCUGAAAGCCAACCGGAUGGGAAGCCCGCUCGGCAACAGCGUGUUGCGGCGGGCGUGGUGGCUGAUGUCACAAGCUGCCAGGGGUGUGGCCGUCUCCCUUUCCACCUCCCUCUCGCUGGGGGUGUUCUUCUUGCAGUUCCUGGAGUGGUGGUACUCCUCCGACAACCGGGCUGUCGUGAAGAGCCUCACGUCCCUCCCCGCGCCCCCGCCCCCUCUCCACCUACACACGGACCGCAUCCGGGAGGAGGGCGGCCGCGACGCAGCGGCGGCGGCGGACGCGUGGCACUGUCCGCUGUGCAGGAGGCUUCGCGUCAACGCCGCGGCGCUGUCCACCUCGGGCUUCGUCUUCUGCUACCGCUGCAUCUACUUGUACGUGAAAGCCAAGCGCCGUUGUCCGCUCACCGGCUACCCGACUGAACUGCAGCACCUCAUCAAGAUCUACUCGCCGGACACUUGAAGCGCACUUCCUGCAACGUCAUCACUAUGCGGUAGACAACAUCUUGCCGCCAGGGGGUGCUGGAGCACGUCGGCAUCAACAGGGACGAGGGGGCCGACUGCUCCCAGACCUGGCACACAUUGCUUCAGUGGCGGGGGGUUUUUCGAACCGCUCGGCUGUUUUUAAGACACGUGACCAGGAAGUAGUGACUGCUCAGAUGAAGGCGAAACUGUCAGCCAGGUAAAUAGUUUUUCCUCUUUGCGUCCGUCAGUGAACUGCUUUAUUGAGUUUCCGGACAAGUUUAACACCAGGCCCACUUUAAAAAAAAAAACAACAACAACAAAGAAAGAAAG